AUGCCGCCCGCCUCGCGGGCCUGCACAAGGCUGGCUUCUCGGCCAGUCCAGCGCCAGCUGGAGUUCCGCGCGGGCUACGAGCCCAGCAAGUUCAACCUUGCUGUUUGGCAGCAGAACCUCGAAUCUGCGCUCGCGCAGGUUGUCGGCCGCGUCGCCCCCACUGAAUGCGACUCCUGCCAGCGAGCAGCUGGCCUGUAUACUACCUGCGUGGUAGUUACAGGCCAGCUGCUUGACUCGUGCGCCAACUGCCACUAUGGCAGUGAGGGCGCCCGCUGCUCCUUCCGCCACCUUAUUGACCCUGCUACAGCCACGCCCGCCCCUGUCGUCCCCGUCCCCGCCAUCGCCACCCCCUCCAGGUCCCGCCGCCAGGUCGCUGCCGCUGCCGCUGCCGCUGCUGCUGCCCCUGCCCCUGCCGCUGCCCCUGCCACCCCCUCCAAGAAGCGCCGCCGCACCACCGCCACCCCUGCUGCCUCCCCCGCCGCCGCCGCCGCCGCCACCACUGCCACCGCCUCUAAGAAGGAGAAGAAGAAGGAGAAGAGGAAGAGGAAGAAGAAGAAGGUCCGUAAGUGCGUACGGGACGUAAAGAAGUCUGUAGCGGCUCUAGAGCUUGCUAUGGAUUCCUCCUCCUCAGAGGACAGUGAUGAAGAUGAUGAGGAUUAA